UGGGGUGAUAGAAUUUGAUGGCGAACAUGGUGACAUCGAAAAUGAACUUGAGUUAGAGGAAGAAAUAGAUGACUCAAGUGGAGGUUCAGUAAUAGGAGAUAGUGAUAAUGAUGACACGAGGUGGUAGUAGAGUUGGACGCAUAAGAGGACGUGGACGCGGUGCAUCGGUUACACUUCCGAGUUCUAGCCCAUCAUCGUCUGCACUUCCUUCUCCUGUGGCUCCUAUUGUGGCACCUCCUCCUGCUAUAGUAUCUCCAGCUAUUGUGUCACCUGCUUCUAUUGGUUCACCACCUGAAUUGCCGAUUCCAUCACCAUCAGACUCUACUGCUCCACCCACAUCCUCAUCAGUUGCAGGAUCAUCUACUGCUUGUGAUUUGCCUAUUGUUCAUAUAGAGGAUGGGAGCGGGUUGAACUUCAAAAGGAGCCUAAUCUGUUUGAGUACUUUGCGCAUACCCACAAAAAGAAGGAUGAUACAUUCGUUGAUGAGAGGUCAAAGCAAAUCGCUGACGAAAUACAAGCACGACGUGAUGCUGUAA